AUGACUUGGCAGCUUUGCUAUGCCUGGAUUUUUAUCCUCCUCCUUCUUCCUGGCCUCUCAGAUGGAGGGAAACUCCUGGUGAUGCCCAUGGUUGGAAGCCACUGGCUUAGCAUGGAGCAAGUGGUUGAAAAGCUCGCCGAGAGAGGACAUGAAGUGGUGGUGGUUUUACCAGAAGUCAGCUGGCAGACGAAGACAACACAGACAUACACAGUGAAAACAUACCCAGUGUCUCAGACGCUAGAGGAGCUGGAUAACGCCUUUCUUACAUAUGUUGCCACUCACCUGAAGGACCAGCCUUUCUUCCCACUGAACACUGCAGCACUGUACAACGCCUCAGUGCAUGUUUUCAGUACUUUCUUUGUUCAGUGCAAGGACCUGUUCAACAGCAAGGAGAUCUUGCAGUACUUGAAGCAAAGCAGCUUUGACGCAGUCCUAACAGACCCUGUUUUUAUGUGCGGACCAAUACUUGCUAAUUAUCUUUCUCUUCCGUAUGUGUUCUUCAUGAGAGGAUUUCCUUGCAACUUACACUAUGAAGCACCGCAGGCCCCCAGCCCUCUGUCCUACAUUCCAAGACUAUUUACCUUCAACUCGGACCACAUGACUUUUUUCCAGAGAGUGGAAAAUGCACUGGUUGCCCUCCUGGAGCUCGAGUACUGUAAUGGUUUCUAUGAAGAUGCGAUAAAGUUUGCCUCUGAAGUUCUUGAGAGAGAUGUUUCCCUGCUAGACCUCAUAAACUCUGCUUCCAUUUGGCUUCUGAGAUACGACUUUGUGUUUGAGUACGUCCGACCGGUGAUGCCCAAUAUGGUCUUUAUUGGAGGUAUGAACUGUGCUAAGAGGAAACCACUGUCUAAGGUUUAUGCAGAGUCUACCGAACUCAAUAAAGAAUAA